UGGGAUUGUGGCUUGGGCCCGGGAUGCCGCCUCUGGGUCCACCUGCUGGAGUUGAGUUGUGGCCAAGGAAUGGCGAACGUGCGGGUGGCGGUGAGGGUCCGGCCUCUCAGCAAGAGGGAGACCAAGGAAGGGGGAAGAAUUAUUGUGGAAGUUGAUGGCAAAGUGGCAAAAAUCAGGAAGUUAAAGGUGAAUAGUCGACCAGAUGGCUUUGGGGACUCUCGGGAGAAGGUUGUGGCAUUUGGCUUUGAUUACUGCUACUGGUCAGUCAACCCAGAGGACCCCCAGUAUGCGUCUCAGGAUGUGGUGUUCCGGGACCUGGGGGCUGAAGUGCUCAGUGGAGCUACCAAAGGCUACAACAUAUGCCUUUUUGCCUAUGGCCAAACAGGCUCUGGGAAGACAUACACCAUGCUGGGGACCCCAGCCUCCCUUGGGCUGACACCACGGAUAUGUGAGGGUCUUUUCAUCAGGGAGGAAGACUAUGCCUCAUUGCCUUCUUCUUGUAGGAUAAAAGUCAGUUUUCUGGAAAUCUAUAAUGAACGGGUACGGGAUCUGUUGAAACAGUCUGAUCAAAGAAAGUCGUAUACCCUGCGGAUCCGAGAGCACCCAGAGACGGGGCCAUACGUACAAGGCUUAUCUCAACAUCUGGUUACCAGCUAUAAGCAAGUAAUCCAGCUCUUGGAGGAGGGAAUAGCAAACAGAAUCACAGCAGCCACCCACGUUCAUGAGACGAGCAGCAGAUCCCAUGCCAUCUUCACCAUCCACUACACACAGGCAAUCCUGGAGAACAACCUCCCCUCUGAGAUUGCCAGCAAGAUCAACCUUGUGGACCUAGCAGGCAGUGAAAGAGCGGAUCCCAAUUACUGUAAGGACCGGAUCACUGAAGGAGCCAACAUCAACAAGUCCCUUGUGACUCUGGGAAUUGUCAUCUCCACCUUAGCCCAGAACUCUCAAGUAUUCAGCGGCUGCCAGAGCCUCAGUUUUGCAGCCAGCAGCAGUGGGGCGAGCGGCGGAGGGAGACCCCCGCGGAGGCAGUCUUACAUCCCAUACCGGGAUUCUGUGUUGACCUGGCUGCUCAAGGACAGCCUCGGUGGCAACUCCAGAACGAUCAUGGUCGCCACUGUGUCUCCUGCACACACUAGCUACAAUGAGACCAUGAGCACAUUGAGAUAUGCGUCCAAUGCCAAAAACAUCAUCAACAAGCCACGGGUAAAUGAGGAUGCGAACAUAAAGCUCAUCCGAGAACUCAGGGAAGAGAUUGAGAGACUGAAAGCCAUGCUGCUGAGCUUUGAACUGAGGAACUUCCACUGGUUACACAGUGAAAGCGAUGAAAAUCUGAAGGAGCUGGUUAUCCAAAGUGAAGUGAAGAUAGACCAGCUGACAAAAGACUGGGCUGAGAAGUGGAAUGAUUGGCAGGCCCUCAUGGAACACUACAGUGUGGACAUCAACAGGAGGAGGGCUGGGGUAGUCAUCGACUCAAACCUGCCGCACCUGAUGGCCUUGGAGGACGACGUGCUCAGCACAGGUGUCGUGCUCUAUCACCUCAAGGAAGGGACAACAAAAAUUGGAAGGAUCGACUCAGAUCAGGAACAGGACAUUGUCCUACAGGGUCAGUGGAUUGAGAGAGAUCAUUGUACUAUCACCAGUGCCUGUGGGGUAGUCGUUCUCCGGCCUGUCCAGGGGGCCCGCUGCACGGUCAAUGGCCGGGAGGUCACUGCCUCCUGUCGUCUGACUCAAGGAGCUGUCAUAACCCUGGGAAAAGCCCGGAAGUUCCGAUUCAACCACCCAGCGGAAGCCGCUGUCCUGAGGCAGCGCCGGCAGGUCAGCGCAGCUGUCGGAGAGCCUGUGGGUGGCAGCGACUCUUUGGAAUGGCUGGACUUGGAUGGAGAUGUCACUGCCUCCCGGCUGGGUCUCUGCCCUUUGCUUUGGAAGCAAAGGACAGCCUUGGAAGAGCAGUGUGGCGAGGACCACCAGCUGCUGAAGUGUGGAGCGACGUCCCACAGGGCCCAGACUCGGCAGCAGCGGUGUUACGUGGAGACGUUGAGACAACAGAUCCUAGCAGGACGGAGGAGAGCUGAGAAGGAACUGGAACUUGGCCAGGCUCGCUUCAGCCAGCAGGUUAAAGGCGGCCAGCAGUGGCUGCUCAGAGAGACCUGGCUGAGUGGCUUGCAGCAGCAGCAGCAGCAGCAAGAAGACCGUGGGCCCGAGAAAGAACGUGAGGCCUCUGUGGCGGAUCUUGAAACUCGGUCAUCCCCACGGGUCCGAAGCCGGAAGCAGCUCCCGCGGACACACGCUCUUUGGGCCACAGGGCGGAACAUUCGGCGAAGAAAGAUCCCAUUGCAGCUGGCGAGGGUCAUCAAGAAACAAAGGGUUCUGGAGGCCCAGCGGAGAGCGGAGCAACUCUGGGCACCGUGCCGGCUCCAGGAUGACGGCACCCAGGAGUCCUCGUGCCAGAUCCCCAGGUCUGGUGCCACAGUCCCUGGGCCUCAUCGUAGAAACAAACCAGCAAGUUGCAGUGUUUUGAGCCUACGAAAGCUCUGCAGCCAGCGUUUACCUCAGCUUCCCAGUGUUUUCUGGAAGUGGGAUCUCUCCACCAUGUUACCACCUAUGCCUGACCCUACUCACCAAGCAUUAGUGAAAGCCCCAUCAGAAGCACAAUUUCCCAAGGCUGCUUCUUAUCUUCCAAGAACAGCACGUCUCCACAAGAACAGAAUCCGUUUCUCGGGCCAGCAGCAAUUCUUCGCAACGAGAGGAGCCUUGGCCAGGAAGGUAGCCCCGACUCCAGGCACACGCAUCACUGUGAGCCCCCAGUCUGUUGAAAUGGAGAGAGUGGGUAAGCCCAGUGAGAUAGUGGCCCAAGGCUUAGCCUCUCUGAGCCAAUCAGUUAACAAGCUAAAGCCAAGGAAUGAACCAAAGACCCACACACCUACCAUGACCAGAAAGAUGAAGGAACUGGCAAAUCCUGAGCACGCAAAAGCUGAGUGGCAAAAAGAAGAGAACCUUGGGACCCACAAGCCUGAUAAGGGAGGUUCUCUGUGUCCCCAUGGACCCAAACAGGCAGCUGGGCGUGGAAAGGCAGCCAAGCCUUAUCGUGCAGAAUCCAAACCAUCUUUUCCAAGCAGGGCAUCUAAAAGGCAUCAGAAGAUACUGGUGGCUAGGGUCAAAGACAUUGCCAGAACAUCCUCUCACUUGCUUCAUGGCAGGCUGUCAAAGAGACAACAUGGUGCAGCGGACCCAGACACGGUGGCCCCACUCACAGACUCCAGCCCAGCAGUGGAUAAUGCAAGAGAAAAAGACAAUGGCUUUUCGGACACAGAUAGCAGUUACUCAGCGGAUUCUCUCUCCUGUGUCUGUGCCAAAGCCCUGACAGCGCCACUAAAGGCAGAGGACCCUCAGGGGAACAAGUGGAAUCUCCCAGGGAUAGAGAACUCGGAAAGUGAUGACAGCCAAAUAUCUGAGGACUCACUGGCUGAGAAAGAGUACCAAGGCUCAAAAGACAGUCCACGGAACAAUCAGCCAACCAAUGACCAUGGUCACCCCAGGACCAGAACUAAAGCCACUGGGAGGGACUUCACCAUGGUGUCCUCAGACAGUGGCCUACUUGCCCAGUCACAGAGGAGCUUUUCCUUGGAUAGCCUGAUUGAUGCUGAGGAAGAAUUAGGGGAAGAUGAGCAAAAAGAGCCUCUCCUUGCUUCAGCUAAUGAGAUGCCCACGGAAACCUUCUGGCGCCUGCAGAACUCCAGUCUGCCUGUGCUGGAGCAGGAGGCAAUGUGCAGGCUUGGCCCCAUCAACCACCAGACAGGAGCGAGGCUGGGCACCAUCCUGCCAGUGAGCAGUUCAUUUCGCCGAGAUCCUCAGUUUCAACCCCGCUGUGAGCAGCCUGAGUCCGAAGUAGAAGCAAGUUACUCUGAACGAGCCAACUCUCUCCAAGGCGUACAGGUUUCAAGAGAGAGCCCACUGGUGUCAAUGGAUUCCUGGUUUUCCUGCGACUCCAAGAUCAGUCCCAACAGCCCCCAAGAAAUAGUGGGUUCUUUAUGUCCAAGUCCUGAUGCACAGGAGGUUCAGCCCUGUGGUGGGGAGAGGCCUGGAUACUGGCUCAACAUUGAAGAACUAAAGUCAUCAGGUACAGGAACAGUCUUCCCACGCAGCUCUACACUUUCCCAAGGCAGUACCGAUCAACCCUGCGAUGUGAGAAAUGUGUAUACAACCUCUACUUCGGACACAUCCAAGCUCGCUCUCUGGGGAGGACAAAAGCUGCUUCAAACAAGAGCCGAAGGUAUUUUUCAGGAUAGAGACAUCCCCGACGUGACCCAGCAGGGCAACUCGGAAGCAUCCCAGAACUCCAGUGUCUCCAGCGUGCUGGCUGCCUCUGCUGCCUCUUUCACUUAUGUAGGCAGCACCUCGGAAAGAGACUGGGCUGCCCUUCAGCAAAAGUACCUCCUUGAACUCUCUCAUCCCGUUUUUGAAGCCAUAGGAGAACCCAGGGCCGCUUUGCCCUGCCUUGGGGAAGACUCUGCUUCCCUGGCAGAGGCUAGUGGCACAGGAGGAGAUACUGUAUUGGCAACUGGUUCUGGGGUAUCCAGCGAUCUGAAUUGCGGCAGCUUUCCAAUCCAUCCAUCCAAAAUUAGGCAUUUAAGAGCAGAGAAAGAACAGGACAGUUUGAAUACCAAAUUAGAGAGUACAUCAGAUUUCUUUAGCACUAGUGAGAAAGAGGUGAGUUACAACGAAACUUACUCAGCAGACUUAGAAUCACUGGCUUCCGGGUCUACGAAGGCACAGGUCUUUGCAACAGAGAACAAGAUACCGAAUUGCACGACAGAAGCAUACGAAGUCACACAGAACCAUUUAAAAGAAUGCUUUCAGGCUAGCAGGAAAUCAGGGUUGAUGGCUUCCUCUCAUGGGUAUUUCUUCCGGAAGAAUGUCUGUCGUAAUCACCUCACCAUAGCCACCAAAGCAGACCACUGGUCCCACAGCUGGACUCCUCUCAGGACAACUAGCGUAGUCCAGUCCGAGCAGUUUAGUCAGGGCAGCCACAGCUUCCUGCAGGCCGAGAAGGCAGGGCGCCAGGAGAGCGCUCAGGAAGUGGUUGCCAGACAAACAGACGUGUCCUUUGCCUUCUCCUCUGGCCCAGAGCUGGUCCUGCACUCCGCUCCCUGGACUCCACUGCCGUCCUCCCUGCAGCCGCCUCCCUUGGAAACGUUCUAUGUAACCAAAAGCAGGGAUGCGCUGACCGAGACCGCCUUAGAGACCCCAGCCUACAGAGAGGUGAGGGCGCCUUCCCCGCCCCCCAGGGAGGCCUGGGGCUUGGGCCGCGACCGCCAAGCCCUCCGGAAUGCUUAUUCUGGGAAUAAUUUGCCAGUGCUGUUACAGAAGCAGUGUCCCAAGAUGGCCGCAGCUUGGCAGGGCGUAGCCGAGAAGCCAGUCGAUCUGAAUGCCAGGGAAGUUAUCAGGGAAUUAGCGAAAUGCCCUGGAAAUAGUCAAGAAGAAAGCAGUAAUGCAAAUUCAGUUUAUUUUUUUGUUGCUGAGGACAGACAUGCUAUCCCUUCUAGCAGCACAGGAGAACGUGAAUACGAAAACCAAGUUGGAAUUUUCUAUCAUGAGGGAGAAGAGGCUGCUGCCCAGUCCUGUGGUGAUGGUUCCUCAGGCAGCUCUGGCUCUGGGAAGCCUUUACUCCUCAUUUGCGAAUCUGAGACAGGUGAGGAAGAGCAGGGUCAGACUUCAGUCCCGAGACAGGCCCAGGGCCAGGACAGGAGCAGACAGCUUUCCUCUGGGGCCCGGAUUGACUUCAUCUAUAAAACCACCAGAUUAGAACUUAAGAAGGGCAGGCCAGGGGAGAGCGGUGAUUCUUUCGAGUCCAGAAUGCUGCAUUAUAGAGGAAACAGCCCAGUGAUAGCGGGGCCGGAUGAGAGCUUACCCCGCAAGUGGGAAGGGGAGAAUGAAACUGGACUGCUAGGAAAAACUCUUCAUCCCGAAGACAGCACAGAAGAGAUGAAGCUUCGAGGGACGGAAUGUAUUUAUGACAGAUGCCAGUCAGCUACAUGCUCUCAGGAAAGAAAUCCCAGUGCGUACAAGGGCCCUGGACAAGAAAUGUUAAACCCUAAAGAAGAACCUUCGGGAAAGGGCAGGAAGAAAAGGAUUAGUAACGCUGAUGAGAUGGCUAGGCUAAUUAGAAGUGUAAUGCAGUUGGAAGACAGCAUAUUAGAAAUUGGAUCCAAGCAGAAUAAGCAGCUUCAUGCUUCCCACACGCCAGGAGUCAGUGAGGAGUUUGUGUUCCAGGACCAGGAGAAAGCUGACCAUGUCCUGAGGACAGGCGGUCCUGGAAACCCUUGGACCUUCGAGGACCAGCCGCCUUCUCCCAGACAGACGGGUGAUGUGAUCUUCAGUGAUAACGAAGCUGGAGAUGUCGACAUGAACAGUAGCGCUGGGAAUGAUCCCCAGGCCCAGAAAACUACUGUGAACCCCUUCAAGUCAUGGGAACAUGUACAAGAGAGUAAAUUAGUGAGAGAACACACCCACCCAGCCGAACUAGACCCACCUACCAGGGACACAUGUGAUUCUUCAGGGACGUGCCCAGCUCACAAGGAAUCCACCAAUACUUGUUGUCACCCAAGGAGAAUGACAGCACUGGCUAAAGCUGUGCCAUUACAGCCUGGGCCUCAGAGGUCUCCUGAGAGUGUCAAGCCAGUGAAAGCAUCAGUGAGCCCCAGUGAGCAGCUCUGGGGCUUGGGGAAGGAAUUAAAGACGGUGGCAGACUUUAGGGAAAGCCAGAUUUCCAGCCACAUGAGUAGAUCCAAGCAAGAAGAGCCAAAAGCUCAAGAUAGAGUUGAGGUGAUGGCUAUGCAAAGAGGUGGCAACUUACAAGAAGAGAGUAAAAUGGUCUCAUUAGUUCAGAAACUUGCUGGUCCAUGCCGUCUUUGUAUGGGCACAUUUUUCAGCCCAGAGACUGUUUGCCCGUUACUGAGCCAGACAGACUUCACCUCGGCUCCUACUCACCAAGGCUUGAGUAAUACCUUGUCCUUGAUUUCUCCAAGGCUGCCGAGACACCAUCUCCAUACCCCUGCAACUGUAGGCGCCUCUUUGGAUAUGCUGGAUCUCACAACCUUGGACAUUCAUGACACUCCCUUGGUACCAGGGCAUCAGGACCGUAAUGGAGAGACUAGAAUCCACAGCCCUGAGGGAGAUGGUAGAGGAGGCUCCUCUGUGGAAAUCACUGCUUGUUGUAGGUCUGCAGUGUCCAUGGCCAUGGGGUCUCUUGGUCAGUCUGGUGCACCAGAGAUUAUCCCCCUGGGGACAGAGGACAAGGUAUCAGCAAGCGUCAGCCCCCAGGACCAAGAAGGGAACCUCAGAGCCACCUCGAUGGGUUUGAAUGCCAGGGAAGGUCUUGAUUCUGAGACCGAAGCACCUGUACAAAAAGAACUGAGAACCAGUACUUUGAACAGGGUCUCUAGGCUGUUGGAAAAAAGGGUUCACUUCCCCUUAGAAGAUGAUAAUGACCAAGGCAGGAAGGCAAGACAGAAGGCAGGGAAGGAGGCUGAGGAUACCGAACUUAGCAGUGACGUGUUCCCAGCACCUGCUUCCCUGCCUAGAGUGCCUAAUCCCGAGCCCAGGCUGUUGGAGCCUUCUGUCCAUGCAUCCAUGUGCCUGGCUAUCUUGGAGGAAAUCAGACAGGCCAAGGCCCAGAGAAAGCCGCUCAGUGACUUUGUGGCUGAGCAGACUGCCCUACCUUACCACGAAGCUUUACCCGACUCCCCUUCAGGGGCCACUGGCGGACCUCACCAGAAGCAAACGGAUCAUCUGGUGUCAGGCAGGACCGGGAGUGAGGAUGAAACACAGGGAUUUUGUGUAUCAUCUCCAUCUGCAGACGAGAGGCAAGGCCAGACCACGCCCACUGCUGCAGGCAAGUUUCACCCUCUGCUGAACACGCACUCUGACACAGGGUGGCGCCAUCCCUCCCAGGCUUCCUCUCCUGCUGCCCCUGCUGCCAGUGCCAGAGAGCUGAAACGCCUCCUGGGAGCAGGAACGCCGUGUGUGGGUCAGUCUAGUUCUGAACGUGGAAAGAAAAAGCCAGGAGCCAGAGCACCUACCUCUGCUGACCCUUUGGCCUCAGGCAGUUUUCUUUCUUCAACAGCUGUGGAAGGCAACGAGGAGGAGGCACCAGAGAAAGUAGCUGUUGCCUUACCUUCUCAGGCCCCUUGUGAUGGUUCUGGAGUGAUUCUGCGCAGACAGAGUCGCUUAGCUGCCUGGGAGACUGUGGAGGGCAUGCCUCCUGGCAGUCAGGGCAGCAGCCCAGAGCGCCAGGAGCCUAGAACUGUAGAUUGUGCCUAUGGAGGACUCUCAGGUAACUUGUUGGGGACUGUACGGGGAGGACAAACAGCCCAUCUUGUAAAUCAGUCUGUGAGCUGUGAUACGCAGAAUUCUGCAGGUCUCUUAGGGCCUAAGCAAGGCCAUGUCCAAUACCCUGAAUCUUCCCCUGGGUUAGAAGGGAGGGCCAGUCCCAAAGAGCAUCCUGUUCUUCCCGGAGCCCUGAGGAGGGCUGAGCUAGAAGCUCCCACACAGCAGUGUGUGGAGCCGAGGGAGUAUAUUGGGUCUGGGCUGACACAAGCCUUCAUGGCUGGCAAGAAACAUCCCAAGCCUCCUCUGUUGCCGGAUCAAAGACCUAGCCCAGGUCCUGGGGGAGUAAGGGAGGAGGCCCCGCGUAGAUACCCCAAGGGGACUUUAGAUCGCCUUGUUUUCUCAGGCAGCACCGGACGCAGCAGGACUCUCAGCUCACCUAAAGGGCCAGAAGAGAGCAGAAGUCUUUGCCGACAACUGUGCAAUGCUCAGCCCGUUGCUGUUCUUGUCUGUGCCUCCCCUUCCUCCUCUUCUCUGUGUUACAGAGACGGAGACCCAGGGAGGAGGACUUCUAAGGCCGGUCUGCGUACUAUUCACCCACCCUGCGCACUGCGUUCUAGGGCCUGUGAAAUGGAUGAGAAAGGACAGAACUCUUACAGGGAAUCUGAAGUGCUCUUGGCCCAUGGCCUUGAGCCCAAAAGCAUGAACAUGGAACUCAGGCCAGCAGGCAGCAGCCCUCUGGAGCCCUCGACUACAACUGCCACCUUACGUCCAGCUCGGGGUGACGGGUCACCUUCUGUCCCUGAGGUGAGGACAGGUUCCUUUAGCCGUACAGCUGCUGAUGGAAGUUCAAGGUCAAUGAGGGAUCCGGAGAAAAAGCUUGCUGAGAAGAAAGGCCCCGUAGAACUUAGCACUGCCCAGUUCCCUGAGCCUCCCGGGAAGUUUCAGGAUAACUCUGUAGGUAGCCAGAACACACAGGUGUCUCAUUCCAUACCAGCUCCAACAACGUGGGGACCACACCCCCUGAGUGUAAGUGAGGACUCUGUUAGUGAGCUGGUGGAAGAGCCACACAAUGGAUGUUUAGAAAGUACUGCCAGAUGCCUUUCAGAAAAAACACAACUUUCCAUUGAGGCGGGGGAUCAGAGUUUCUUGAAUCCCCAAGUCAAGUUUGUGACAAGGUUAGAACUUGUCUGCAGCCCUCGGGUUGAAAGUCCCUGGGAGGAGGAGGAGCAGCAGAGAGACCAGGCUUUAGGUAGUGGUGAGAGUCCCACACCUCCAGGUGACGGUGGCUCGGAUGGCUGUCAGAUUAGAGAGACUGCGAGAAAGGAGGUGGCUGUGACCGAGUCUCCUGUAUCCAGCUUGUUCUCGCCAAACUUGGGACAAAGUGAAACACUAGAGCCGGCCGCUCACCACAGGUGCUCACUUCCUGUGAUUGCAGUCUUUUCUGGCCACAAACACUCCAAGUCCUCCCCCAGACCACAGUUCUCUGUGGUCAGCUCCUCUCGAUCCCUUCAGGAGCUUAACUUGAGUGUGGAGCCUUCCUCCUCUGUAGACCAAGAUACACAGGAAGUCAACAGGUUGUUGAACCCUCAUCUCGGGGGUUGUUUCUCAGAAAAGUCAGUGGCGAGAACAUCCCUGAAGGCUGAGCACCGUGAUCAGAAGUCCCCAUCCAGUGUGGCUGACAGCCCUGCUGAUCACAGGCCCCUGGCACCUCCCACCCUGCCUUUUCCAACUUCCACUGCCUCUUGCAUGCCAACUGUGACCAGCUGGAUGUCUGGUACUUUGGAACAGGCCCAGCAGGGAAAGGCGGAGAAGCUGAGUGUGCAGGUUAGGCCAGGGAAUUGGCACUCUGAGGUGAACAAAGGCAUGUUACACUCUGGCUCCAGUGAGAUCAACCCCUGUGUCCUGCCACAGUGUCCAGAGGGGCCUGUGUGCAUUGGCUGGAAGCAAUAUGUGCUUGGCAGUGUGAUCGAUGGCUCUUGCAGCCAGAAAUCCCAGGGCCUGACGUCAUCAAACGUGGCUCAGUGCUCCAGCGUGGACAAUGGUUCGGAAGACCAGGACUCAUCAUCCCACUCCCACCUCUGCCCCUGUGCCAAAACCCUGGCUCUGUUGGGCUCACAGAACAGCACUGAGAAUGCCCAAGGUUCAGAUGAGGCCUGCAAAGCAUGGAGUUCCUCAUUUGAUGUGGGGGAGCCGCAUGUCCCGACUGGUCCUGCAGCAGCGCCCGCUACUUUGGAUCCUGACGAGAGACCUCAGUUCAAGGACCUCCCUGACAAAGCAGGCUGCCUGAGGCACGAGCGCCCCUUGGCCGAGGGAAGUGCUGUAGGGCCAGUGGAUGAGACGCUCCUGCUGUGUACGCCAGAGGCAGGCUGCCCUGGGGGACAGGCCGGGGUAAACACCUUUGAGCAGAGCACACAGACUGUGGGCUGCAGGUGCCCCUGGAGCCGUGCGGACCUCACCUCUGCUCAGCCUGGAGCCAGUGCGGUGUCGGCCUCUGAUCUCUCUGCCUGGACCAGGAUGCACAACCUCUCUCUGCACCUCUCACAGCUGCUCCACAGUACCUCAGAGCUGCUCAGGAGCCUCUCCCAGCCAAGUGUGACCAACAGGCAACACGAUGCCAAGAAGGACCCCCUGGAAAAGCCCUCACAGGCACCAAUGAUGGAUGGCUCUACUCAGACCACUCUAGAUAAGGGCAGCCAGACUGACCUGGCCUUACCCGCUCUGUGCCUGCAGGUCCAAGAGGCCAAACUUAAGGAAACCAAUAUGAUCCUUGAUGUCCUGGGCUCAGAGGUCUCAACCGUGUUUCCAGAAAGAAGAGAUGUCUCAGGACCACUUCAGGAGGAGGGGACGGGAGAAACGUCAGGGCCCCCAGAUCUUCAGGAAGAAAGUACCCAUGAAAGGCCCCAGAGCCCUCCGGGGCCCUCAUCCCACUUGAGGUUUCAGAAAGCACCCCUGGGGCAGGACCUGCCUUCUGCGAGCUCCUCGGGGCCUCUGGAUGCUUCCCUGCCGCCCAGCGCCCAGCCAAAGGGAUCUUGUGUGGUUGUCCGCAGCCCCAGCCUGGUCAUCUCUCAGUUGCCAGGGCUCUUCCCCAGUACUUCAGAGUCCACCGGGGAGCCCGGGGUGCAGACGCUGAGCCCUGUGAAUGCCUUGUUGGUCGAUAGAGCUUCUUCCCCUAUCCUCACCCUUAGCGCCAGCACCCAAGAGUUGGGUCUCCGUCUAGGCUCAUUGGCUGCUACAGCCCCCCCAGCUCCUCUUCUUGAAAGCCACCAGAGGCUUGGCUCCAGCCCAGACCUUCCUGUUGGUGCCCCAAGGCCUCCAAUAGAUAAUUAUUUCCAACCUGCUGAUGAAUCGGGUGGUUUGCAGAGAGUUGAGGCUCCGGGGGAAGGUACAAGUUCCCUAGAAAGGAGUGAGGGGAGGUUAUUCCUUGAGUCGAACUCCUUGUGCAGCUCACAGCAGAGCUCAAAACUGCAAGUUGGUUUCUUAGAGCAGCCCCCUCAACAGCUUCAGCCCCCGACCGCCAUCAGGAUCCCAAGCAGGCUGCCGGCACCACCGCCGAGGCACGAGAGCCAGAGGUGGGCUGUCCACUUUGUUCCUGAGGCGGUGGCUUCUCCAGAGCAUGGCCCGCUGAGCGAUACGGGGCCAAAUCAGUGGCAGAGCAGGCCAGGAAGUGGGGGUGAGGCUCCAACACCUUUAGUAGAACUACACCCCACUCCGGCUGCCAUCUCUUCAUGCGGAGGCCUCCAGCACCUCAGCUCCUGCCCUGUCUCUGUGUUGAGGGGUCCUGUGGGGCUCCAAGGUCCCGCCUUGGGCCCACUUCCGGUCUGCCAACCUGAGGAGCUGUUGCACCCCAGUUCUCAGAUGUGUGUGGCUCUUGAGCCCCAGCAUCACAACCUGGGGGACCUGCCAGUGCAUAACAAAUUUAGUAACUGGUGUGGGGUUCAAGACGGCUCUCCUGGGGGGCUGGGGGCGGCUGAGGACCUGGGGGCCAGUUGUGAUCUCAGCUCUGGAGAACAGGGGCAGGGGCCCCCACAGCCUCCUGACGAUCGGAGCCAGACUCCUGAGUGGUCCCAGAGGGAGCAGAUCCCCCUGCAGGUUGGAACCCAGAGCGUCUCACUCAGCGUGGAACUCACGGAAGCAAAGCUGCACCAUGGCUUCGGAGAGGCGGAUGCUCUGCUGCAGGUGCUGCAGAGUGGGAGCGGGGAGGCGCUUGCUCCUGAUGGCCCCGUCACGUCCACCUGGGAGAAGCUCCACGCUCGGCAAAAAGAAACCAUCGACACCCUGAGGAGAGAGCGCGCUAACCGACUGCAGAGUUUCCGCCGGGCAUGGAGCCUCAGCCCCCAGAAACAGCUGAGCCUCCUGCCCAGCAGGGGUCUCCCCCCACAGGACCUGGACUUGCCCAGCAGGCGCCGAGAAUACCUGCAGCGACUGAGGAAGGACGUGGUGGAGACCACCAGGAGCCCAGAGUCAGCAUCCCGGGCUGCUCACCUGCCCUCGGACAUAGAGCUGAUGCUGCAAGAGUACCAGCGGGCCCGCGAGGAGGCCAAGGUGGAGAUUGCCCGGGCCCGGGCCCGACUGCGGGAGCGCACUGAACAGGAGAAGUUGCGAAUCCGCCAGCAGAUUGUUUCCCAGCUUCUGAGGGAAGAGGUAAAACUACACACACAGGCCAAUUCCAGCUCCUUGUGCUCCAGCUCCAAUGGAAGCGUCUCCUCUGGCAUGACCUCUGGCUACAACAGCAGCCCAGCUCUGGCAGGCCAGCUGCAGUCCCCGGAGAGUGUGGGGGACAUGAACUUGUCUGAUUCCAGAGAUGCCUGGCUAGAAGACGGGCGGGGACGUUCUGCAGAGAGGAGCAGCCACCUGCAUCUGGCCACAUCCGCCUGGAAGGGCUCAGCCUACAGCCACAGACCUCCCCAGGGCACUUGCUGCUGCUCUCCAACCAGACUCCCCAGCCCGGCGACCUGCUUCUCCUCCUCCUACCAGGACCUGGCCAAGCAUGUCGUGGACACAUCCAUGGCAGAUGUCAUGGCGGCUUGCUCGGGUAACCUGCACAGCCUCUUCAGCCGCCAGGCAGCGGCCGGCUGGAACUACCAGGGUGAGGAGCAGGAGGUGCAGCUGUACUACAAGGUGUUUUCUUCCACUCGGCAUGGCUUCCUGGGGGCAGGUGUGGUGUCCCAGCCGCUGUCGCACGUGUGGGCAGCGGUGAGUGACCCUACGCUUUGGCCCCUGUUUCACAAGCCCAUCCAGACAGCAAGGCUGUUCCAGCGAGUGACCAACAGCAUCAACCUAGUGUACUUGGUGUGCAACACGACCACGUGUGCGUUGAAGCAGCCGCGGGACUUCUGCUGUGUCUGUGUGGAAGCCAAAGAGGGGCCCCUGUCUGUCAUGGCAGCCCAGUCAGUAUAUGACACCUCCAUGCCAAGGCCCAGCAAAAAUAUGGUCCGAGGAGAAAUACUACCCAGCGCCUGGGUCCUGCAGCCUGUCACCGUGCAAGGGAAGGGUGUCACCAGAGUCGUCUACUUGGCCCAGGUGGAGCUUGGCGCUCCUGGCUUCCCGCCUCAGCUGCUGAGCUCCUUCACCAAACAGCAGCCACUGGUCAUAGCCAGACUGGCUUCCUUCCUGGGCAGUUAGCAUCUCCCCGGCCAGGCGGUGCUGCACACGCCGCGGCAGCUCUUCUUACUUUCCGUGCCCCGACGCAGGAGCCAGUGCGAGUGGCUGCGGCUGACUGGGCAGCCGGCGCCAGCCCAGGGGUGGCAGCAGGGCCCAGUCAGUGCUUGGUCCUAGCUGGCGCCACGGCAGAGCGAGCGGCCCGAGCCCUGGCCCCGGCUGUCCGCGGUGAAUGAAGCUCAGCGCGCUGGCUGGACUUGGCACCUUUAUCUCCGUGGCAGACAAGCUGCUCAGGCCGCAGGAGGGAGCAGGGGCAGCAGGCGGAGACUGCAGCGCGCUGGCCAGGUGCUUCCUCCCUCCGGCCCAGCACUCAGCCCAGUCGUGAGGCCGGCAGCCUUCGGCCACGACUCUGCUCCGAACCGGCCUCCUGCAUCAGCUCCGUCCCGGAAAACAGCAAAACAGACUACAGGGGCUUUAAAAAAUGGCUGCACAAACCAGAACACGGAUUCAGAAUCUUUUCUCCUGUUGAUGUUUACAAAAUGCCUUCUGUUCAUUUGUGUUUACCCAGCUCUUCCUUUGACUCCCAGAAGAGAAUUUUUGGGCUUUGCAUCGGUCAGGAGUGUCGAGCUGUGCCCUCUGACUCCCGGGAGACUGCUGGGGCAGGAGGAGCGACACGUCGGGGGGCUGGGGCGGGCUCUCCGAGGGCGGGCAAGACAGCAGCUGCUGGCCGCUGACAAGGCAAGAGGAAUUCUAGAAAUGAAACAUUAUUCUUUGAAGAUGAGAGAAAAGGUAACUCCUGGGGCAGUGAGGCAGUGAGGCGGUGCUUAGGAGGAAGCUCUGUGCGCGCGCCCUGCUCGUGGCCCCGCGGACUCCAGGUAGGAUGGAGAGUGCAGCCCGUGUUCUUGAACCUCAGCCCAGGCUCGGCGGGAGCCCACUAUUCUGGAUGUUCCCUUGGGAGCAGUAAAGGUAGGAGAGCCCCAUCCUUAGUUCGUGCCCAGACUCUCUGUUGGACGAGGGUAACUGGGAAUUAAGAGGUGUCUAGAUACUGCAGCAAAGUUUUACUUUUCUAAAAAUGUUGUCAGGGUUUUAUUUUUCCCUCUUACCUCAGGUUAUUUAUAUAUUAUUGGUUGAAGAUUUUACAAAUGGUUUUUAAAUGUUUGUAAGUACUUUCCUAAUUUGCUUUUUUUUUUUUAAUAACACUUGACACACUAGUUAUGUACUCCCACCUCUUUUCCUGUAAAUCUCUCAGUAAGACUGUUGGCCAGAGGCCAGAACACCUGUGAAUUAAAAGU